AUGUCGCCAAAGAAAUUAGGUACGAAAGGGCAAAUAAUACAUAGCCAGGGAAGAGAAAUUAUUGCCAAUGUAGCAGAAUUUAUGCAUAAAGAGGCAGAAGAAGGAUUAAAUAUUCCUUUAAAACGCUUUAGAGAACGUACGUUGGCUGCUACAAAAAUAUCGAAAGAUACCUACCAAAAAAUAUUGAAGGAGUCGGCCAAUAUAAAAAAUAACCCCUCUUGUUCAUUCAGCAGUCCAAGAAAAAAGAGGCCCAGGAAAUCACGUAUACUUGGCAUUACUUCGACGCAACUUAAAGAAAUUAGGAGCAUAGUUAAUGAUUUUUAUAUAGUGGAAAAAAGAAGGCCUACUCUCAAGUUAAUCCUACAAAAGAUCAUUGACCGAUCUGUUAUUCAUGAGCCUAUGAGUAUACCAUCCUUAGCAAAACUACUAAAGAGCAUUGGAUUUAGAUGGAAGAAGACAGAUGAUAAUAGAAAGGCCUUGAUGGAAUCAUAUGACAUACGUUUGAAGAGAAUAAAAUACUUAAAACAAAUUACCGAAUUUAAAAAUCAAGAUAGAAAUAUAGUGUAUACUGACGAAACCUAUAUACACAGUAGUCAUACUUCUGACAAAGGUUGGUUUGACGAAAGCCUAAGCGGUAUACGAAAACCCAUUUCAAAAGGACAGUGA